ACGAAUCCCUCCACCAAGACACCACACCCAUACACCUGAACCUGCGAGAUCACCGUCCCCUUCAUGCCCCAACUAAUGACCAUGGAGAAGCAUCCUGAGACAACGCCAGAAAGCGACCGCAACGAGAAAGGUGUGGAGAUGAAAGAUGUGGAGAUGAAAGAAGGAGGGACAGAGGAAGACCAGGGGGGUGAAAAUGAAUGGGUUGAGCGGUGUCACCACCCGGACGAGAUGACCGUUGGCGGAUAUGCCUUCCACAUCAAGCAUGGGGUGCCCCAGGAGCACCGAGAUGAAUUAUGGAAAUUAUGGGAUAUAGAAAACUUCACAUACGAGGAUAUUCCGGAGCACCUGAAAGUCUAUGAGUUUACUCCGGAGGAAUAUGAAGACUUAGAGAGAGAGGAGCCAGAUUUUAGGCGUGGAACCGUUUUGGGCGCUGGCCAGGAUGACGAGGACAAGGACGAGGACAAGGACGAGGAUCAAGAAUGCUUGCCAGGGAAGCCUUGAAGUGAUAUGACAUGCUUUUGUAUCCACCCGAUA